UCAUUUCAGAUGUCAGUUGUUACUUGUCACGUGUGUUUGCCUGAAAUAUAUCGGUUGUUUAUUGAAAGAAAUGGAUUGUUAAUUUAAAAUUAAAGUGAAUAAAAAUAAUAAUUAUGGAUUUCAUCAUAGACACUGUAGGCGAUGAUGAGCUUCAGCAAAAAACAGAAUUACUUGACAAGAAAGAUAAACUUUUUAUAGAAACAGACAAGAAAAUCGAAGCUAUUUUAGAUUUAUUUGAGAAAACAAAGCAAGAUUUAGAUGCGGAGCAAGCUGCCGAUGAAGAAGUUCAAAAUAAAUUAAAAGGUUUAAAAAUAGAUAACCAAUUUGACGAAUUUUACGACGAAAUGGGCUGGACACACAUGGUAGCGUUGAGGCAAAAGAAUAAAAAACAAUUGUUUCGCUUUGAACAGUUAGAUAAAGAAACUGGCAAGCUGAAAUCCAAUCUUGGUGGUGUUGAUGUUGAAAAAGAAAUGAAAAAAUCAGUUUUUCAACCGGGAAUAGAGAAAGCGCACAGAUUACCAAAAUACAAUGUCAGUGAGAAAAGAUUAAAGGCUAUGCGCAAGAGAGAAAGAGAAAAAACAAAAGGACCUGGAUGGUUUAAUAUGAAAGCUCCAGAAAUAAGUGAAGAACUCAAGAAUGACCUUCAAGUACUAAAGAUGAGAUCUGCAUUGGACCCCAAACACUUUUAUAAAAAGAAUGAUAUGGAAGUACUACCUAAGUAUUUCCAGGUUGGUCGGAUAAUGGACUCCGCAGUGGAUCAUGUAAAUGAAAGAUUAACAAGAAAACAAAGAAAACGAACCAUGGUAGAUGAGCUUCUGGCAGAUGCUGAGUUCCAGAAGUACAAUAAAAAGAAGUAUAAGGAAAUUAUAGAUGAAAAGAGAAAAACUGAAUAUAAAACCUUCAUGAAGGAUAAAAGACAGAAAAAUAAAGCAGCUUUAAAAAGUAAUAAAUUAAAAGCAAAAAAUACGUCUAAAUAAAGGUUUUUGUUUAAA